CAGAAGGGGAGAGAUCCAGUGCCACCAGCACCCACUGUGCCAGGCUUCUGGUGAGGGCCAGCCUGCCCCUGCCCUCUGGAAGUUCCCAGGCGGGGAACAAAAAGAGAGGAACAAAAAGCUCCAACAGAAGGGAACCAGGGGUCUCACUGAGCCCCCCUCUUACACAUCAGGAGACUGAGGCCGGCUUGCCCGAGGUCACACAGAGGGCUGGCUGGGGUCAGAACCAUCCCAAACUCAGUUGCCUGAUUCUACAUAGAGCAGCUGGGCCGAGUUUUCUUCCCUGCUCCGAGGCAGGUGACUGAGAAUGGCAAGACCACAAACUCUUUUCCAGGCUUGUUAUCACCUUGACAUGAUUUCUGCCACCCAAGAAAACUAUGGAAUGUAGUGGGAGCCUGGUGUGGGAGCCUGACUGCCUGGGGUUGGAUUCAGCUCUGCCAUUAAUAGCUGCGUGACCUUGGACAAGUGAUUUAACCUCUCUAGCCUCAGUUUCCUCAUCUGGAAUAUAGUACCUCCCUGAUAGGCUGUGUUGAUGAGGGUGAGUUCAUGGAUACGCUUGGAGCAGAACCUGUGAGGAGUGUGUGAUGUGUUUGCAUAUGAGAGUGAGUGUGAGCUUGUGUAAAUCCACCAGCGUGAGGGCCUCAGUGCACAAGCAGUGAGUUUGUGUCUGAGAGUGCUAAUGAGCCAGCAUAUGAGUGUGUGUGGCUGUAGAGUUGAGAGUCUAAGUACACAUGUGUGUAAAGCUGCACACACAUGCGUGUGUACAGAGACAAGAGAGAGUGGUGAAGGUGUGUGUGCACCCGGUGUGGGGAAGUGGCAGUAUUUUCACAUGUAGGUGUGUGAGUUUACAUGAACCCAGUCACUGGGUGAGUGAGUGUGUGUGCCUGUAUCAGCGCUCACAGAAGCCUCCCCAGGCAGCGCCCCGUCCGAGAGACUGUAUUUUUGGUUCCGAAGCUGUUUUUUCCAAAAGUGACUUUACCCCUUCGCCUCCUUCCAGCCCAGAAGCUGAAGCCAGAGCUCAGGAGGUCAGCGCCUGAGCUAGGCCACCAGGAGCCUGGUCCUACAGCGAGGGAGGAGCCCGAUGCCUGUCGGUGAUCGAAUGCACAAAUGGGUGAAAUAGUGAGUGAGACUUUCUCCAGGACCCGAAAUUCACUCCCCUCCUGCCCUGGCCCCUCCCUGUCGAUUCCCUUCUCUGAAGUCACCUCUCAGCCCCCAGCCGCGCCCAGCAGCCUGUCUACCUUGCAGGGCUGGGCCUGGCUCGGGGUGGCCUUUCCUGUCCCUGAGGGUCCCUGGGGUGGGUCCGGCCUGCGCGGAGUCCUCACCCUGCGAGGAGCUUCCUUUCCUUCCCCGACAGCGUGGUCCCCCGGGCAGGGCUUGCCCGCUAGGCUCAGGGACGUGGAUUGGGCCAGGCCCUUGGCCCUUGGGAGGUCUCCCUGCACGUCGGAGUGAACCAUCGAAACAAGCUGCCACAGCCCACACAGAACUGAAAUUUUUUACCAUGAAUUUUUAAAGGAGGAUUGAAUUUGAUGAGAACCAAUUACUUAUUAUUGCGUAUAAACACUUACCAGCCAUUUUCUGUUUUGGUCACCCAGACAUUCCAGAACCUAGUUCAGUGCUCAACCCUUAGUAGAUGCUCAGUGAAUACCUGUUGACUCAGUGGCACUCAGGAUUUGAAUCUGACUUCACAGAAGACAAUGCCAGCUGUGUUCGUCAGGUGACAUCACAUGAGGGCAGCAGACACUGAGUUAGGCAGGCAUUACUUUUGAUUUUGAAGUUUCUUUUUUGCAGUUUGGAGGCUCUCAUUUUCUCAUCGGGUUUCAAUCAUCCUCAGAGACUAGAAGCACUCAUAGGCCUGUGGAGCCUGGUGGAUCUAACGGGGCCGUGCAUGCCUGACCCCCACAGCUGGUCUCCCAGGAGGGGCCUCUGCCAGCGAAGGAGCAGGGCCAGGCCUUUCUCCGGAGCACCAGCUCUCGGCAUGGUGUUUCCUCCCCUCCCCUCUGCCAGCGGGCUCCCAUGUGCCUGUCACAGUGAGGCCUGGCAUGGGGGUUCUGCUCUGUAGCCUGGCCUCCCGCCCACCUCCAGCCCUGCCCUUCUAACCUGUUGUCCAUGCAGCAGCCAGAGUGACCAGGGCUGGCUUCUUGGGUGCUUUCCCGCUGCAGCCACUCAGGACCGGUCUGCAGGGGGCCUGAGCCUGGGAGGCGGUGUCCUGUAGUCGCCAUCUGGAAAUCACUCAUCAUAGCCCUGGUUCCUGCAGUCCUGUCUCCUCCCCCUGGGGUGAGCCCAGAGGCAGCCUCCUUUCCCGACUGUCACAUCUAUUUUUCAUCUCUGGCGAGCUGGCUCCUCUGGGGAGACCAUCCCCCACACCGUCCACCUGCCACAGGCCAGCAGGUCUCACCGGUCUCGCAGGCCUCCGCCCGGGACUUCUGGACCCGCUCCCCACUCGCAGCCUCCCAUGCUGAGAUCCGCCUUGUCAGUCAUUUCCUUCUGUCACCGGUUUGGCAAACAGGAGAGAAAACAGAGCUUCAUGGGAAACAGCAGCAACAGUUGGUCCCACCCACCAUUCCCCAAGUUGGAGCUGGGCCUGGGGUCCCGGCCCGCGGCGCCUCGGGAGCUUCCCGCCUGCUCCACCGGCCUAGAGAGGCGGCGCGAGCACGGCCCCCUGGACGGCAGCCGGGACUCCUGCGCUCGGGGCCUCGGCGCCCACCGCCCGUGCUGCCCCGAGGGCCGCAGGACAGGCAAGCGGAAGGGCCUCCGGAGUCUGGAGGAGAAGAUGAAGCUCCUGCUGCAGAGGCCACCGCGCUCUGUCCUGCAGGAGACCUGCGCUGUGAGGCCGGAGCCCCUGCUGCUGGUGCGAAUCAGUGCCUCCGGAGGCCUCAUCCCAAGGAUGGGGGCCAUCAACUGCUGCCUGAAGCACCCCCUGGCCAGGGACACCCCCGUCUGCCUCCUUGCUGUGCUGGGGGAGCAGCACCCAGGGAAGACCUCCCUCCUCAACUGCUUGCUCCAGGGGCUGCCGGGCCAGGAGUCCAGCGAAUGCUGGCUGAGAGGAGGGGGCUCCCUGCAGGGCUUCAGAUGGGGUGCCGAGAGCCUCACCAGGGGCAUAUGGAUGUGGAGCCACCCCUUCCUGCUGGGGAAGGAGGGGAGGAAGGUGGCUGUGUUUCUGGUGGACACGGGGGAUGCCAUGAGCCCUGAACUGAGCAGAGAAACAAGGACCAAGCUCUGUGCCCUCAUCACGAUGCUGAGCUCCUACCAGAUCCUCAGCACCUCCCAGGAGCUGAAGGACACAGACCUAGAAUAUCUGGAGAUGUUUGUCCACGUGGCUGAGGUGAUGGGCAGGCAUUAUGGGAUGGUGCCAAUCCAGCACCUGGAUCUCUUAGUUCAUGACUCAUUCCAGCCCAACAAGGCAGGGCAGGGGCAUGUGGGUGAUGCCAUCCAGAAAUCUGGCAAAUACCCCAGGGUUCAGGAGCUGCUACAAGGGAGGCAAGCACGCUAUUACCUCCUGCCUGCUCUGAGGAGACGACAGGCCAGCAGAGACCACGGGAGCCCGGGCGACACAGAUGAUCUCUGCCACCUGCGAGCCUACGUUGCCGAUGUACUGAGUGCUGCCCCCCAGCAUGCCAAGAGCCGUUGCCAAGGGCACUGGAGUGAGGGGCGCCCAGCGGCCAGGGGGGACGGACGCCUGCUCACAGGGCAGCAGUUAGCUCAGGAAAUCAAGAAUCUCUCGGGCUGGAUGGGGAGGACAGGGCCCAGCUUUGCGUCUCCGGAUGAGAUGGCUGCCCAGCUGCACGACCUGAAGGUGGUGGAAGCUGCCAAGAAGGAGUUUAAGGAGUAUGUGCGACAGCAGGACGUGGCCACCAAGCGCAUAUUCUCUGCUCUGCGGGUCCUGCCAGACACGAUGCGGAACCUCCUCUCUGCCCAGAAAGAUGCCACCCUGGCUCGCCAUGGAGCGGCCUUGCUGUGCCAGGGGAGAGAGCAGAUCUUGGAGGCUCUGGAGGCCGAGCUGCAGGCUGAGGCCAAGGCCUUCAUGGACACCUACACCAUGCGCUUCUGCGGCCACCUGGCGGCCAUGGGGGGCGCCGUGGGGGCCGGGCUCAUGGGCCUGGCGGGGGGCGUGGUGGGCGCAGGCGUGGCCGCAGCAGCGCUGGCUGCAGAGGCUGGGAUGGUAGCCGCUGGAGCUGCGGUGGGGGCCACAGGUGCUGCUGUGGUCGGGGGUGGCGUGGGUGCUGGCUUGGCUGCCACCAUGGGCUGCAUGGAGAAGGAGGAUGGGAGGGUGCGGGAAGGGGACCGAGAGCCCCUGCUCCAGGAAGAGUGA